AGAGAGGAGCGGCAGGAAGUGCUUCAGUAAGUGACGCAUUCUUGUGUGAUUUCGAGCAGGAAGAGUCUAGAGAGGCUGAAAACAAGAGGACCAAACGCAGAUGAAGUGAAGACACUGAAACAGUUCUCCACUGACGCUAGUUUGGUCUUAAUAAGCCAGUGCGAUGUCAUCAUAUUCCCCUCAGCCAGGUCCCCAGCAGAGCUCAGGCAUGGCAGAGCUGAGGCUGGUGCUGUUGGGCCGGGCCGAAUCGGGGAAGAGUGCAGCGGGCAACGCUGUCCUGGGCCGGGAGGAGUUCCAGACGGAGGGCGACAACACAGACACAGUCACUCAGGAGUGCGAGAAGAGGAGGGCCACCGUUGCUGGGAGACAGGUGGCUGUGGUGGACACACCGGACUGGUUCAGCUCACAGCGCCCCCCGGAGGAAGUUGCCCAUCAGCUCUCCACCUGCGCGGCGCUGGCGGCCCCGGGCCCCCACGCCUUCCUCCUGUGCGUGGCUGUGGACCAGCCGGCCGAGCUGGAGCUUCGGGCCCUGGGGCCCCUGGAGGAGGUCUUCGGGCGGGGCGCGGUGCGGAGCCGCACGCUGGUGCUCUUCACCCACAGCGAGCGGCUGGCACAGAGCGGGGAGGGCGCGGACGGGCUGGAGAACUACAUCGUCACCCGCCGUGCCGACCUGCUGCAGCUGGUGGAGAAGUGCGGGGACCGCUUCCACGGCGGGGCUGAGGGUGAGGAGGGUGAGGAGGGUGAGGAGCGAAGCAUCAGGGAGCUGCUGGAGAAGGUGGAGCAGAUGGUGGAGGAGGCAGGGAGCGGCCACUACACCAGCAGCCUCUUCCAGCAAGCCGAGGCCCGGGUGAGACAGAGGCAGGAGGAAAUACUGCAGGAGAGGAGAGGGGGAGAGGAGGAGGAGCAUUGGGAAGAGGAGGAGUGGGACAGAACCAGGGAGGAAGCGGAGAGGCGGGCGGGUGACCUCCAGCUGGACACGGUCCCCUCGUUCUGGCUCUCCCCCUCCACCGCUCCUCCCUCCUUCCUGCGCUCCGUCUGGGAGACGCUGGCCGCCUGGCUGAGGAGCGUGGUCAAAUUCGUACGAGGCGGGGCCUUGCUGGGAGGGGUCGUGCGGGUGCUGGUCGGGGGGCCCGUGGGGGGCAUUGUGGGAGCGACUGUGGGCUCGGUAGUAACAGAGGUGGGCAAACGAAAGCAUGUCAAAAAACAGUAAAACUACUGAGAGAAAUGUUGAAGUUAUUUUGCUUGAGCACAGUUUGAAGUCUACUUACUGUUUGAAGUGCAUUUUUACUUUGGCCACACUAAACCAGUGGUGUCAAACUCCAGUCCUGGUGGGCCACAGUGUCUGCAGAUUUAUUUGUUACCUUUCAAUCAGGCCUAGAAACACUCAUCAGCCAAUCAGUGGCUGAAAUAAAUCACUUGAAGAGCACUUUUUAACUUUGACUAUUGAUAAUCACUGGUUUCUGUCACGUGCCAUGAAAUCACCUCAUGCUUUGAGAUGUGUUUCGGCUAGGGGAG